AUGACUAGCAGGCUGGUGGCACCACCGUCAGUGGAGCAGCACAUUGACACGGUCGACACAUUUGCCCGCACGCUCUACCUGCGAAACAAAGACGCACCCAUCGUCGCCGACGCCGUACGCCAGCUGCACGCCGGUCUCCGCCACUUACGUGUUGAGGUCACGGAUCCCGACUCGCCCCUCAGCAGGUCCUUGUAUACGAACCGCGUGCAGAUCCUGCCUCUCGUAGACGAGUGCGGUGCUUCGCUGAGGCAGCUCGCGGAUGCUCUCGACGAUGGCCGCCGCGCGGACCAGAUGGCCGGCACCGUGCGUCGGCUGAGGGAACGCAUCGAUAACGUUCUUGAUGCCGUGCAGCUGCAGGAUCGUGCAUCCGCGCCAUUCUUGCCGAAUGCCAUCGACGCUCGCGGUGGAUCGCAAUCGUCAGUGGCUCUCGACGACAUCAAGAACAAGGUCGACAACGUCGCCCGAUCCAUCUUCCCCCGGCGUGAUAGUGGCUUCGAAGACGACGAUAGCGAGGACAGGCUGUGGCGAGAGUUCCAAUCCCGGCUUGAGCAUGAGGGUUUCCACCGAGAAGUAUUACAGAAGCACAGGGACCUUCUGCGGGCCUACAUACGCAGCCUGGAGGCCAUGCAGUCGAGGAAUGACGAUGGAAUUGAGAAUGUGCAGUAUGCCAUGCCCGCCGAGGAUAAGAUUCCUACAAAGACAGACUGUAUCCCUCCUCCAGUUCCUCAGAAGAUCCCUCUUCCAGAGUUGCCACUGCCAGACGGGGCACGAGGUAACAUCAACGACGAUAACUACAAAGAGAACAAGGACAAGCCAAAGUCCUGUCCACCCGAGCGCAGCGCCUCAACCGCCCUCAUAUUGACCCGUGAUCUUGUCGAGAUGGACAGUUCUGAUCUUGACGUCGCUCGACAUAUACGUAUUGCCCCUCAACACCAGCAACAACACCUCCGAGCAUUGUACGGGAGCCCUCAACAGAGAUACCUUCUCCCCAGCAGCACACCAGGAGGCCUACCUGAAGCCCCCGAUAAGAGUGACUCUAUCGAGCUUUCAAUCUCUCCAACCGUCCCCCAGGACCAGCUCAGCGCCUCGCCAGUGUGCACUACUGGGCCGAUUGAAACGGCAACAGGCUCACCGAGCUUCCAUCUCGCGCCAGACAGCUACGGCAACGAGAUACCGAUGGAUGCCCCGUGGACGCGCAUCAGCCGCGACCGCGUCAGCCCCGAGGUCCUCGAGAGGGCCGGGGUGCGCUAUGAGGCUCGCCGCACCUACGUGGCUGUCCUGGGUCGCCUAUCGCGCGAUCAGAUCGAGGACUAUGCUCGCCAGACUACCGACUGCCGCGCCGCUCGCCAUCUGCGCCAUGCAUCUGCGUCUGCGUAUGAUAAGAAGUCCCUAGGAGGCAGGCGUGGCCAUGAAAACAGUAGCAGCAGCGGGAGUGGCAGCAGCGGUAGCAGCGAGAGCGACGAGCUGCGGGACUCUACCAAUGACGAUGACGGCUACGGCAACGACAGGGGCACCGACCCGUACCCUUACAUUGUCAGCCCCCCCAUCAAACAAAAGACGUCCCCUUCCAGCACCGUGAUGCCCAAGUCGAUUCUCAAGAACAAGAAUGAGAACCACGUCCGCUUCGGCCCGGCUUACGAGAUGAGCCCGCGCUCCUCUGCCACCAGCAUGAGCGACGACGAGCGCAGCAGGAGACGCAGUCACCACCACCGUGACAGUCGUGGUUAUCGCAACGACUACGAUGACUACGGCGACAAAAGCCAAGACUGUGCUCGCCGUCGUCGUCCAAGGAGGUACAACAACACUGGCGGCAGCACCUACCACGACGACCGCGACAGGCCGCACCACCGCCACCACCGCCACCAGGACAAGGACGGUCACCAUGACUCCUAUUCCCGACGACAGGAUCACUCUGGCAGUGGGUCGUCUAAAAAAAAGCAGUGGGGUGGCACCCUCGGUGCAGUCGGCAUCGGCGGUGUUGCUGUCAGUCUGCUCAGCGUUCUGGCUGAGGCAGCGGGUGGUUGA